AUGAAUGCAUUUCGGAUGCUGCCCCGGUUGCGGCCAGUGUUAAUCUGCCACGGUCACCGGCGGUUGUUGGAUGUGGCGACCAGGUCACGACAGCCAGCUAGAUUUGCAUUCGUCGGCUCCUCUGCUCCUUCCGAGCCAGGGGCAAGCGAGAGCAGCAGCAACCCUGAAAGCAGCGACCGUGACAACAAUAAGCCCAUUGGCCCAAAGCCUGGUAGCAAAAAGCCCGGCAGCAAGGAGCCCGACAGCAAGGAGCCCGAGAGCAAAAAGUCCAGCCGGAAAAAGCUUGACAGCAACGAUCGUGACAGCAAAAAAGCAGGUACCAAAACGCCAGCUAGGAAAAGGUCAGGUAGCAUUAAACCCAGCAGUAUAAGGCCCGGUGGCGACGAGCCUGGUAGCAAAAAGCCCAUCUCUAAGGACUACCGUAUCAACUCCCGAGGAACCCUGCUCACGCUCGCCAUAGAGACUUCAUGCGAUGACACAUGCGUCGCGUUGCUGGAGAAGGAGCGCGGCCUUGGAGGCGGGGCAAGGGUGCUCUUCCACCAGCGCCAAACGGCCGACAAUAGCAAGUACGGUGGCAUCAACCCGCUGCCGACGGUCGAGUCGCACAACUCCAAGCUCGCCAAGCUGAUCGAUAACGCCUUGUGCGCGCUGCCGCAGGUGGUGGCCCCAGACAACCCCUCGGCUGCCUGGGCCAUCAGCAGCGGCUCCAAGUUCAACGGCGACUCCCCCAGCCGCCUCCCGGACUUUGUGUCGGUGACCAGGGGCCCUGGCAUUACCAUGGCGCUCUCCGCGGGUCUGAGCACGGCCAAGGGCCUCGCCACCGCCUGGAAGGUGCCGCUCGUCGGCGUCCACCACAUGCAGGCCCACCUGCUGACGCCUAGACUCAUGUCGGCUUUGCAGAAGCCGUUUUUCGAUUUCGAAAAGGAGUUUGCCAGGAACCACCCAUAUGCCGCUAGAAUCGGGCCGAAGACGGAGCAGAUGAAAGCAGCGGAAUCGGGGACAGCAGUGUCAAAACCCGACCCAACGCAGCAUUGGGCGGGAGAAGAGAAUGUCACCUGGCCUCGCUUCUCCUUCUCCACCCUCCUCGUCUCGGGCGGGCACACGAUGCUCGUGCACAGCCGGGACCUCGUCACCCACCGGACGCUGGCCGAGGUCGAGGGCUUUGCGGCCGGCGACGCGCUCGACAAGUGUGCGCGCGCCAUCCUACCCGCUGACUACCACGGCAAGACGAGCAGCUUCGCCCGGCUGCUCGACGAGUUUGUGUUCCAAACGCGCAUCCCGUUCAGAGACCUGUACGCCCCGCCCAGCAACCGGGCCGAGGAGGUGGCCACUGUGGCACCGAGGCGGCAUAUGUUCGAGAUACCCGGCGCGCAGCGGUCCGCCGUCGACAUCCUCCCAGACGACAAAGACGACCCCAGGUAUCCCUGGGCGCUCAGCACGCCGCUGGCCGGGUCGUCCCAGAGGAAGUUUGCCUUUGGUGGGAUUCUCGAGCAGGUGCUGCGCAUCGUCAAGGAGAGGGAGGCGGCCGGGGGCAUGGACGACCAGGAGCGCCGCGUCUUGGGCUUUGAGACCAUGAGGGUUAUGUUUGAGCACCUCGGAUCGCGGUCCCUGGUCGCCAUGGAGCAUUGGCGUACAUCACGCCCCACAAUCAAACCGAUACCCAAAGAGGUCAUCGCGCUCCCACCCAACGAACGCAAAUUCAGGCUAAUGUUAGGUGGGGGAGUGGCGAGCAAUAAGUUCCUGCGCUAUGUCUUGCGCAGCAUGGCCGAAGCGCGUGGAUUCCGCGAGGUCCACGUCAUCGGACCGCCGGCUGAAAUGUGUACCGACAACGCGGCCAUGAUCGCCUGGGCCGGCAUGGAGAUGUAUGAAGCGGGGUACACGACGGACCUGAGCGUGUUACCGAGGAGGAAGUGGCCGCUCGACAACGAUAAGGAUGGUGGCAUCUUGGGCGGUCCGGACGACUGCUGGAUUCAUCCCAAGGAGCCGAUCGAAACUGAAUUUUUGUACGACGAGGAUACCGCGUAA